AUGCGACGUCUCCAACGUUACGAACGUCUCAGGGCUGUAGACAUGCUCCAAGUUGACACCACCCAGCGAAUCAUUAGCAGAUUUUGGGCCCGAUAUCGACAGAUCAGAAAUGUGACUGAUCGUCCCCGUUCAGGACGGCCACGGACCACAACUCCGGUUCAUGACCGCUUCAUUUGGACUUACACGUUGAGGAAUCGAGGUCAAUCAGCCAAUCAAAUCUCAAGAGAAGUCCGUGAUACAACUGGCGUUACAGUGUCUGGUCAGACUAUUCGUAACAGACUGCACAGAAGUAACAUCCAUGCAUGUCGACCCUACGUGACCCCACAUUUGACUGCGAGACACACUGCUGCCAGACGUCAAUGGUAUACACAUCGUAGGCAUUGGGUUCGGGUUAUGUUUUCAGACAAGUCCAGAUUCACACUAGACUUCCAUGAUCGACGACAGUGUGUCUGGCGAGGUCGCAAUGAACGCUACGCCAACAUUCGUCCUCAUGACCGAUUUGGAGAAGGGUCCGUUAUGGUGUGGGGUGGCAUCACCAUAACGACAGAACCCAGCUGCAUAUUGUUCAUGGGAGGGUUACUGGGCAGCAAUACCCUGACAACAUCCUUGCACCGAUCGCUGUGCCCUUCGAACGUCAGGCUGAACACCAUUUUGUUUUUCAGGACGACAACGUCCGUGCUCACCGGAGUCUAA